AUUUAGAAAUAAUUAAUAAAUCAUCAAUUUCACAAAGAUUUCGAAAUUUUACUAGUGGAUCAAAACAACUUGAUGAUUAUUUAAAAAGUACUCAAAAACUUAAUCAAGAAAAUCUUAUAAAUUUACCAUUAUUUUUUAUUCCGUAUAAUGAAUUUGAUGAUAUAAAAUUAUUAAAAAAAGGUGGUGAAGGUAUUAUUUAUAAAUCAGUAUGGAAAAUUGGUUUAAAUGGUUUGGAACCUGAAAUUGUUGCAUUAAAAACUUUAUUAAAUAAAUCUGAUAUGAAAAAAUUUAUAAAUGAAUUGGAUUUACAAACAAAACUUUUUAGUACUUAUAUUCCUUUAGUUUAUGGUGUUACUAAAGAUUUUAACAAUCAUUAUAUGAUUGUAAUGGAAUAUGCUAAAAAUGGUGAUUUAAGAAAUUAUCUUAUUAAUAAUUAUAAUAAUCUUAAUUUUGAAGAUAAAUUACGUAUAUUAAAAGAAAUUAUAUCUGCUAUAAGAGAUAUUCAUUCUAAUGGUUUAAUUCAUGGUGAUAUACAUCCUGGUAAUAUAUUAAGAAGUAAAAAUUCAUUCUAUGUAUCAGAUUUAGGUCUAUGUCAUCCAUAUACUGAGAAAAGAAACAGUAGGAUAAUUUAUGGUAUCCCUCCUUAUGUUGCUCCUGAAGUUUUUUUAAGUGAACAUUAUGGUCCUGAAGCUGAUAUUUAUGGUUUUAGUAUAAUUGCUUGGGAAAUUCUUAGUGGUAAAAAAGUUUAUGAUAAUUGUCCUUAUGAUUUUGAUUUAAUCCAAUCAAUUACGACUAAUAAUAAAAGACCUCCUCCAAUUAAUGGUACCCCUUUAGAAUUAUGGGAUUUAAUUCAAUCUUGUUGGGAUAAAGAUUAUACUAAAAGACCAAAAGCAAAAGAAAUAUAUACUACAUUGGUUAAAUGGUUAUUAUUUGAUAAAAUUUAUAUAACUUGGGAGAAUGAUUUAAAAAAUGGAAUUACUGAAAAUUUUAUUUAUAUAACAAAUGACUUUGAUGAUGAUUUCUUGAGUAUUGAUAAUAUUAAUAAUAGUAAUAAAGUUACUGGUUCAACACUUUCUAUUCAUGAUAGAAUUCUUACUGGUAAAACUACUAGUAGUAUAAUUAGCAAUAAUUCUUCUCCUGAAAAUGAUGAUUAUGUAUCAAUGCAAAUUGAUCUUGUCAUUCCCAAUAAUUUAAGUUAGUAAUUAUUUACGUAAAAAAUGUAAUAUAAUUAACUUGAAAUUUCCAUUAAAAUUUGCUU